UGGCUUCCUUAGUCUGUGCAAGCUGCGGGCUGCAGCUUUCCCUUCAUUGUUGCAUCCCCAGCCUGCGCUGGGCGGCUGCUGUGCCGGCCCCUGUGUGGGGAGGCUCAGGUCUGGCAGCACCUGCCUCCCGCUCCGUUUUUGUCCUUGUUCUGAGCUGCAGAGUUUUGCAGCCUCUGUACUUCCUGUAUCCUCAAACUGCUUAGGGAUGAAGAGGGAUUUUCUCUGUUGGGACAGUAGAUCAAAUGGGAGGGGAAUUGCAGAGCCAUGGUGCAGGUGUGUAAGAAUUGUCUUGGACCCUCCCCAGAGCUCAGUGGUGCAAGGUCAGAGGUGUCUGAGGUAGCCAGAGCUCCAUCCUGAGCAGAGGGGAGUUGUGAGCAGAAUGGAGUCGGUGCCCCUUGUUACAGAGGUGCUGCUCAUUGCAGGCAUCAGACACAAUGGCCUCAGCGCUGUUUUGGCUCUGUGAUGAGAUUGCGUCCUCAGGUAAUUCCUGCCUUCCCUUCUGAAUCUGCCCCCAGUAUUCCUUCUCUUCCAUCUGAGCAAAAUGGUUUAUGGAUGUGUUGAAGGUAGCUGUGUGGGAACCUGUGUGAAUCCCUUUUUGCCCUCAGAGGCCCAGGCUGGGCAGCGUUUUGGCCACGUCUGUGAUUGUGCUGGGUUGUAGGUGUGCAGAGCAGCCUUGUUUUUAUGGGCUGAGCCCCAUGGUUGCUUUUCAUAGAGCACUUCCAAAUGGAAAAACUGAACAAUAAAAUGGAAACAAAGAACCCUGAUGGUCAUUAAAGGCAGUGAUACCUGCCAGCUUUUCAUAGAGCACUUCCAAACAGAAAAACUGAACAAUAAAAUGGAAACAAAGAACUCUGAUGGUCAUUAAAGGCAAUGAUACCUGCCAGCCUUCUCGUAAACGAGUCACCAAACAUCAGCUUAUACCAUUUGUGGUGCAUUAACCUGGAGGGCUCAUUCUGGUCUGAAACAAGUGUUUCCUGGUGUCCAGGUGGUUUGGGCUUGGGAAGAGCCCAGGGCAAGCACAGGCUUGUUGAUCUUGGCUUGUUAAACAUACGGGUAAAUGAUGUGCGUGUGGUGGAGCUGCUGUGAACUGGCUGCAGGCUGGGGAAGGAUGAAAGAUGACUCGUGUUUCCCACUGCGAGUGCAGAAAAAUGGCAUAAGCCAUUUGCAGCAGAGAUCUGUUCCCGGGUCUCAUCUUGUGCUAGCAUAAAUUUGUUGUAACCCAGCUUAAAACUGGAAUGACAGUCACAUAACAAGUCAAAAUCAAACUCCAGGUUUGAUCUUCAUCUUUCUAAAUCGAUGAUUUUGACUCUAGAAGAUUUUGAGUCUAAUGGGAGCCUGAGCCUGCGCAGGUCUGUUUCACGGGAGCUCGGCAUGUUGCUCUGCCUUGGGGCCUGGCGUGGGAGUAGGGACUGUCCUUUGCUCCAGCUCUGGGCAAAGCUCUGGAAUUGCUUGGGCGUGGGGGGGCAAAGGGGGGGCUGCUGAUGCACUGUGCUGCUGCCUCACCAACUCUAGCUUUAGUGUACGAUUUUGCCCGGUGGGCUGUGUUGUGGGCUUUGGCGUGGAUCUAAAUGUCAGCCGCUCUGUUGAGCAUCCAGUUUCUGCUCUCUUCCAAAGGCCCCAUGCCUGGCUGACACCUCUGGCGAGACCAUCUGGAGCCAGGAUGAGUGUGCAGGAGCAGCCCCUCCAGCACCCAUCUCCUGGGAAUGGGGAUGGAGUGUCCCCGGGGUGCUGGAGGCAGGCAGGCAUGUGCAGGGCUGCAUGGCCGUGAGCCCCUUCUGGGUGGUUUUGGCGGCGCUGUGAGCAGAACUCAUUAACAAGAACUUGCAAGCAGUGUCUGUCUUGGACUGGUAGACUUAAAUCUGUACUAAAUGUGAACUUCAUGAAUAUGGGAUGUUUAUCCAGAGCCUGAUUUGACAUCAACUGGAUUUAAUUUUUUUUUUAAUUUGUUUACCAUGCAGCUUCCUACUAGUGUUGUGAUCGUGUUGUAUGGAGUAAGAGCUCAUUUCAUAUGUGUUUGCAGACCUGCAGCCGAGAACCUGACAAAAGGUGGGACAGGGAGGAGACCCCAAGCAUUACCCCACACCCAGAGUGUCUCCAGUGUGUCCUUGUUUCCCGUGGCCUUAGCAGAGCCACCUCCACAUUUUUUGCCCCCUGCCAGGACAGGGCUGUCUGGCUGUCCUGGCCACAGGCACUGUGCUGGGAGGGGACAGUGGUGGCUCACUGGGAGGAGCAUGGACCGCCCGUGUUACCAUCCUCGCUGCCUGCUUGUCUUGGCUUUGUUUGGCCAAGCUGCUCCUUAUCGCUGUGCGUCACAGGUGUGCUCAGCAGCGGACCGUCCCAGCCAGCGCCCAGGCAGAGAGCUGCUGCCCUGGGUGCCUUCACAGUUUGUGCUGAGAGCAGGCAAGGAUCCUGGCUCUUCCACAUCUUGGAGCACCUCUGCAGGCGUGGAGCAAAAUCAGAUGUAUAGAAGGGAUGCCAAAAGCCGUGGAAGAACCACUGGUGACUCGUAGCAGCUGGAAAGGUCCUGGAGAUCUCCUGGGAUGGACAAAAUGUGCCACUUAAAGGACUGAUGUGGGUGUUCUUGGGCUGCAGCUGGAGGGUCUGAGGCACUUCUGUCCUGUCCUUUCAGCUCAGCCACACGUCUCUUUGUAGUAGAGUUUUUCCACGUUAGGGCCAGAUUUUCCUGGGUAUCUCUUUCAACCCUCCUCGCCAGGGAAGAUGGUCAACCUACCGUAUGUGGUACUGCGCUCUCUCCUGAGCUGCCUCAUUCCCCCGGCCAACCUGCUGGUGAUCGUGGCCGUCUACCAGCUGAUGAGGAAGCAGCCAGGCACCAGCUACGUCUACAUCCUUAACCUGGCCACCGCUGACCUGCUGGUGGGCGUGAUGUGCAUCACCGAGGCACUGGAUGACAUCCUUGAUGGACUUUUUGACGACAGCAAGUCCUUCUGCCUCGUGCGCGUCGCCAUGAGCAUGACACCUUGCAUCAGUUCCAUCCUGACCCUGCUCCUGAUCUCCCUGGACAGGUACCUGGCGGUGACGCUGCCGCUCUCCUACCCCACUCUCCUGAAGAAAACACCCAUAGUCCUCUCCCUUGUUGCCCUCUGGAUGCUGUCUUUCUUUGUUGGACACUUGCCUCUGAUCUUGCCCUCCCUCCAGCGAGGCAACUACACGGGUUACUGUGGGCUCCUGUACGUGGCCAAGAGCGAGUACCUCUACGUUAUCUGCUUUGGCAUCUUUGCUCCGUCGCUGCUGGUGCUGGUGUGCCUGCACGUCUCGGUGGGCAGCAUCGCCUACGUGCAGCACAUGCGGCUUCGGCACGCCUGCGCCCAGACAGGGCCUCUCCGUGCCCGCCUGCGCCACUUCAAGGCACUGCGGACCGUGGUCAUCGUCCUCGUCGGCUUCAGCCUCUCCUGGGGCCCCUACCUGGUGGGGGGCACCGUGCAGGCUGCCUGCAGCUCCUGCAACCUGGCUGACCCGCUCAGGGAUGCCUUGUUCCUGCUGGGUGAGACCAACUCUCUCAUCAACCCCCUCAUCUACGCCCUGCACAGCAAAGACAUCCGGAGCCACCUCGCAAAGCUGCUCCGGUGCAGGAGGAAGGGCCAGGUGAAGCCCCUGGCCUCGAACAUCCAAACCAUUGGGAGCUGCGGUGGGGGCCAGCCUGAGGCACCCAGUUCAUGAGGGGUCCGUGCCCCCCACCUCUGCCCGUGCUGCUCCUAUGGCUGCUGGGCCCAGGGAAGGAGGGAAACACAGAGUGCCCAGUGCCGCAGGGCCUUCCGUCCCUGGCAUCCACACAGACUGUCAUCAAGACAGCGACCUUUGGAUACUUUGGACAAACUGUGGGCUUUUGUCCCUCUCUCUGCGUGGGGAACCGCUGUGUCUCGUACCUGCAGCAGAUUGAGCUGGGGGGGAGGGGACUAUCCUGCUGGUGCCGUGUCCUUGGCGGAAGCCAUGGCUGUGCAGAGCAGUGCCAGGGCAGGUGACUUCUGAGCAAACACCCCCCCUGUAUCCCUGUCACAGGCUGUCGGU